AAAAUACCAAGACUGGUAUAUGUCUUAAAAACGAAAACAUAAAAAAACAUAAACGCUUGCCAAGACAUAAUAGAUUUCCUACAUUAAAUUUAAAUAAACAUAUAAAUCUUUCCAACCUUAAGUCCUUGGCAAUUAUGUACGUGAAACGCGAGGUUGGCCAAAUAAUUCCACGACAAUAACGGAGGUCGCGCUGUUGGUAGAACCGAAACGGAUUAAAGGCGGAGAAACUGGCACUGAACCCAUGGGCCAGCAUGUAUCCGGUGGCGUUUGUCUUGCUGCUCCUGGUUGCAUUUAAUGCCGGCGCGAAUUUGGGACGCGAUGACGAACGAUUCCACGAGGAGCUAGUGGUUCGUCCAUUGUCCGGCGACCAUGUCAACACCUACUUUCAGUUCACCACGCGCUGGCACUACGGCGAAAAGGACAAUCUUUACCACACCCAAUUGACGCCGCGAGUAAUUGCGGAGCUGUUGCAGCAGUUUGCGGUGAAGGAGCUGCACAUUGGCCUGACCCAGGGACUGUGGCGCUACGAGACAUGGGGCUAUCCCAUUGUGGAGGCAACCAGCGGUGCCGAGAUGUGGGCGUGGUUCAGUGGCGCAAAUCUGACCAACCGGGAUGUGGAUAGCCAGUGGAAGGCGUUGGCCAACGUGUUCUCGGGCGUGUUGUGCGCCUCGUUGAAUUUCGUCGACAAUACGAAUAGCAUUGCACCGAGGCACCUGAUCCGUCCACAAUUUAUGCCAGCCAAUGGCCAGAGAUUCGUUCGCUACGCCACACUGCCGCGUGAGAUCGUGUGCACGGAGAACCUGACGCCGUGGAAGAAACUACUGCCAUGCGGCAGUGCCUCAGGCUUUGCCUCACUUCUCAACUCGGGUCAUGUGCACAACACCAAGUACCAUUCGCUGGGAUUGAAGGUGCGCGUGCUCUGCGAGGAUCACGAUGAGGACAACUGCAUUGUGGAGCUGACGCAGACGGCCAACUUGGUCUACGAUCUCCGGCUGUUCGAGCUGAGCAACAAUGAUUUCUCGCUGCGCCGCCUGUUCGGCAUGGGACUGAAUGGCUACUGUGAGCUGGCCGAGAGCUCCAAGAUCUAUGUGCAGCGCAACGAGCUGGGCGAGCGCUAUCAGCUGGUUCCGGAACCCGUGCACGAGGUGAAGACCACUCGUGGUGGGCAUAGUGUCGUCUACUCCGUCUACGAUAUGCACGAGCAGUUCAAGGAGGCCGGCGAACGGCUGUUUAAUGUUGCCUGGCUGGCGCCAAAGAGCGCAAAUCGUCGUCGUAAUCUGGCGAAGCCAUCGCUGCCACCGGUGACGGUUCAUCGUUAUCUAUUGGGGCACGGCCAGGAGCGCGGCAGGAUCGUUACGGAGGUGACGAACUCGCACUACGACGCCCUGCCCAUAAUGCUGCAGGAGGUGAUACCGUGGUAUGUGCACGCCUAUUUGCACACCCUUUCCAUACGCCGCAAGCCGCAGCGGGUCAACGAAUACGGACGCCAGCGAUUGCCCUUCAAGCUGCUCCACUAUACGCCCGGCAAGCAAAGGGAACUGCCGUCCCAUUUGGAAAUUGGCUUCAUGCUGCCCGGCCAGACAUCGGCGCUGAUAAGCAUCGAUGUGGAUUAUCUGCUGCUCAAAUGGCUGGAGUAUCCGCCGGAUGCGAAUCACGGCCACUACAUCGGCUCGGCCAUUGUGUCCAGCCAACUGCCGAUGGGCAGAAACUACAGCGCUCUGCCGCCGGAGGGGCAUCUCUUCGAGCAUUCGUUCAAUGCGACCCGGCCGAGUUAUGUGCUCAGUUUGCACACGGAAGCGCUGAUUGUCUCGCUGCCCACGCCGGACUUCAGCAUGCCGUACAAUGUGAUCUGUCUCGCGUGCACAGUGGUUGCCCUGGCCUUCGGACCCAUACACAGUGUGGCCACCAAGAUGAUCAUUGUCGGUCGUCAGACGUCGGCGCCGAAGAACUUUGUUAAGAAGAUCUUCAACCAGAUUUUCCGGCGCGGCAAGGCCGCCGAAGAGGCAGCUGCGGAGGGCGAAGGAUUGCCAGCGGCAGGAGCAGCAGCAUCGGAUGCAACUGGAGUUGCGUCGGCGAGACCAGCGAUAUCGCCAGGCGGUCCAUCGGGCGACCAGCCGCUGCUGGAGGAUCUCGACGAGGAGGAGGAGGAGCAGGACUAGGAGAUGAUACACAAAAACAGCCACCGGGAGUCGUGAUAAGCUCCCACUGAUAGUAUACCCGGGCAAUUCCAAUAAAGUGUAUUACAAGGGUACAAAACCGGGUUGCAAUUUUCGAUUUUUAAGAUUUUAUCAAAUUAUUCGGCGGUGUUCAAAACCAGUAUUUUCAGUUAUGUUGCUAAGAAAAUCAAAGAAAUCGCCAUGGGCAUGGGAUUCUAUAUAUAGAUAUAGUUAUCGAAAUGUGUAUAAACAAUGUUAGAAUGAGAAUUGCAAAGUAAUACUUUCAGCUGAGAAAGCUAACCAAAUUUGUAACCAAAUAAACAAAAAGUUAAAAUGCA